AUGAAAGCAUUCACUUUCGCUUCCGUUGCCACAUUCUUUGCCGGCCUCACUCUGGCCCAUCCAGUUGACCUGGAAACACGCAACAUUGGUUUUGGUGUUGGUGGCGGCCGUGGUGGUUUGAACCAGGUUGACAUCAACAUUCUCCAAUUUGCCCUCACUCUUGAGCAUUUGGAGAAUGCCUUCUACCGACAUGCCUUGAGCAUCUUCACCCUGCAAGAUUUCUUGAACGCAGGGUUUAGCCACGACUUCUUCCUGAAUCUGCAAUUCAUCGCUUCUGAUGAACGCACCCACGUCGACGUCAUUCACCAGACCAUCUUGGGAGCUGGUUUCCAACCCGUGCUCCCUUGCAACUACAACUUCCCCAUCACCGAUAUCGCGUCUUUCGUUACCUUGUCUGCAAUCCUCGAAUCGGUCGGUACUUCUGCCUAUCUUGGCGCAGCUCCAUUCAUCCAAAGCAAGGACAUCCUCGGCGUCGCUGGUUCCAUUCUCGGUGUUGAGGCUUUCCACACUUCGAUCCAGCGAGUCAGCUUGGGUGCCAUUGGUGCUCCAGACCCAUUCACCACUCCCCUCGGUGCCAAUGCCAUCUUCACUCUCGCCUCUCAGUUCAUUGUCUCGUGCCCGGCCCAGAACCCUGCUCUGCCCUUCCGAGCCUUCCCCGGAUUGGCCGUCAUUGGCAGUCAAACUUGCUUCCGUGAGAAUGUCUUCGCUGGCCAGAACAUUGCUGCCUCGUUCGGUGUCAUCCCAACUGCCAGCAUCGGAAUUACCGUGUCCACCGUUGGUACCGAAGUCCUGAGCUUCGAGACUUCAACCACCACUAUCGACACUGCGCUUGAGACGGCUGCUGUGACUACCGAUCUUGCUGCCGCCACCACUACCGUUGAGAGCGUUGUUACUGAGACUGCUACCGAUGAAGCCGCCGAGAGCACUGCCGCUGCUAGCUCGACCUCAUCUGCCGAACCUGCCAUCAUCACUGGAGAUGCCGCCAAGCGAGAUCUCGAGGUCCGUCAAAACAGCAUCUCUUGCCCUGCACCAUUUGCCGGAUCCACCAUCCAGCUGAGACCUGACUUUGGAGCUUCGCGCCGAAACUUCCGUGGUGUUAACCAGUUCUUUGUCACUUUCGUCUCUGGACUCAACAUCAUCUCCGUGGCCGCACAGAUCAACGGUGGAAACCUGAUCGUGGUCAUCCCUCGCGGCAUCGCCGGUCAAGCGUUCAUCUUCGUCACCAUCAACAACAUCACUGGCCGCCAACUCCGAGACCAGGAUAUCCUGUUUGGUCCCUCCAUCUUCGAAGUGGCCCCUGGCUUCCCUUCAUUCUAAGCGUCACUAGUGGUAUUAUUGCAUAGCGAAAGACCCCCAAGCAUUUGAAGAAAAAAAGGAAAGAA